CUACGCUUCAAGAGCGCGUAAACAUAGCAUUUGCUCACACCUCGCUCGUUCAGGUGGCUCGCUCCGUGAAUUCUAAUCGAGUGACUUAUGUAAUCGUGCUUCAAGGGUCGUCGCUGUAUAUAGUCUUGCUCAUACAAGAUAACUGGAUUCCAACCAAAGGGCAACUGCUCGCGUUUGUUUUGCUGUUAUUCACCUGUGUGUGGCAUGGUUCGUCAUGCAUUGGGAACACACCUGUUGCAAACUCAAGUGCAAGUCGUGGUACCGGCCAGUAUUCUUGCCAUGUGAAGGUGGGAGGUGGUUUUUGUUGUUGAGAUAUUGAAGUUACAACUGCGACUUCUGAAGCCUUCGCGCAGAGCUGUUGUACGAUGUUGGUUUCAACAUUCUGCAACGAAACCGAAACUUGGGGCGACCGAGUGUGCGUUAUGAAUUUGGGAACUUUCGUUCUCAAUGUCGCUCUUGUUAUUUGCGUAUUCGUUGCCGUUGUCCUGAUAUGCCUAGCUAGAGGGACCAUUAGAAGCGUGCCGGCUGGCUUUCGGUACCUGGACCACGAUCUGCGAUGGAUCUUGACGUUCUUCAUGUUGGCUAUUCACGGUUUCGAGUUGGCUGACAGCGUGAUGAUCUUGUUAAGGAGGGAAAAUUCACAAAGGAAUCUUCAUCCACUCCUCAGUGCAGUGACGUCUUUUCUUGCUGUGCUGGCGGCAAUCUUUCUUUACAGUCAAGUCGAGAAGCGCCGGAUGCCAAGACAAUUAAUAAUUUUGCUUCUCUAUUGGCCAUGUGCCAUCGUGUUAAGGAGUGGGAAAGAAGCAGUCCUACUUGAUGAAGGAAUGUCAUUUAAACAUGUUACGCUGGAAACAAACACUGGAGCAAUUCUUGCGUGUUUGGGAAUGUUUGCAGUCGAGGUGGCACUGUACAAUGAAGAGAGGUACCUUUUCCGGAAACCGAAAAAGGAGCCACUGCAGCCUUCAGUGGACAUGAUGAACAUAAUGUACAGGUUUCCGUUUGCUUCUCUGCCAUCAAAGUGCUGUUUCAGUUGGCUGAUGCCCCUGCUACGACGUGGUUAUGAUCAUAUUCUACAACUGGAAGAUCUGGGGUUCCUGCCCGACGAACAUCUUAAUCAGCACCAAUAUGAAAGGUUCAACGUGGCAUUUGAAGUCGAGAAGGCUAGGUCAGAAAGUAAAGGCAGGCGACCGUCACUUUGGCGUUGCUAUUUCAAGACAUACUGGAGAACAGCAGUGCUUGGAGGUCUGAUAAAGAUUGUGGGAGACAUAACUGGCCUGUUGGGACCACUAUCAAUAAGCUUGAUUGUAGACUAUGUCGAGACUGUGACAAACCCAGAAAGCGCAUCAAUCUCAAAGGAUCCCUACCCUACGUAUAUGGACCUGCUGAACAAUGCCUAUGUUGUUUCAGUGGUUAUUCUGAUCACUACAUUCAUACAGAGUACAUGCUCCAAUAAUUUUAAUCAUUUGGCGAUCAUGGAAGGAGUUCACGUGCGUUCUGCAUUGCAGAGCCUCGUCUAUCGGAAAUCUCUCUGCAUUUCUAGCGACGUCGAUAUCGGCUCGGUUGUCAAUCACAUGUCAGUAGAUGCAUUUAAUGUCAUGCUGCUUUUCUCUAUGGGUCAUUAUAUCUGGGCAGUACCAUUCAAGUUGCUGUUACUGCUGUUUCUUCUUUAUAAGCAGCUUGGAUAUAGUGCAUUGAUUGGAGCAGCGUGCAUCUAUAUUUUAUCUCCCAUUCAGUACUGGGUUUGUACAAUCCUCUCAAAGCUGCAGAAGGAAUCUCUGACAAUAUCUGAUUUAAGGAUAAGACGUACUACCGAACUACUGCUUGGGAUAAAGCUAUUAAAGCUUUACGGGUGGGAGAAAAUGUACUCUGAGAUGAUAAAGAAUGUUCGCAAGGAUGAACUGAAGGUGCUGAAGAAAGAUGCUGUCUUCGUGGCCAUAAAUACUUUCAUCACCCAAGGCUCAGCUAUCCUACUUACACUAGUGACUUUUUCUAUGUACUCCCUCGUUGAGGGAAAACAGCUGACACCUGCUAAGGUGUUCUCUGGACUAGCGCUUUUCAAUCAACUUACGGUUCCCCUUUACAUAAUACCAUUUGUGAUUCCCAUAGUCAUCAAUGCUGUGGUAAGCACGAGGCGCUUGGCUGACUUUCUCAACGUGCCCGAGAUAGACUCGGGAGCGCCUUGGAGGAAGAGGGAAUCGAAGGCCGCUUUGAAGAUAAACCCUGAAAGCGGAAGCGUGAUGCUGGACAUCAAGGACACAGAACUGCUGGAGAGGUGCCUUGGAACCAAUGAGGACGGAGAUCUUCUAGGCCAUUCCAAUUCCCCGCCUGUGAAUCAACCCAUGAUAGUAAUGUCGAAUGCUCAUUUCACUUGGGAUAAUGAAACAAAGAUUCCUGUGCUUCAAGAUAUUAAUCUUGAAGUGCCAGAAGGGACGCUAACAAUUGUGACUGGACCUGUUGGAAGCGGGAAGUCCACACUUCUCUAUGGUAUGCUGGGUGAGCUGGAACCUUACAAAGGAAAUGUCACAUGGGCACAUGUUCCGUUUGUGGCAUAUGUGCCACAGAAAGCAUGGUUGUUGAAUGCUACCUUGAAAGAAAACAUCCUGUUUGGGCAACGAUUUGAUGGCAGGAGAUACCACCAAGCCAUUCAAGCCUGUGCUUUACAAGAAGAUAUUGAUAUACUCCCUGCACGAGACAUGACUGAAAUAGGGGAACGUGGAGUUAACCUCAGUGGCGGCCAACGACAGAGGGUUGCACUAGCUCGAGCUCUUUACUCUAACGCAAAGUUGGUCAUCUUGGACGACCCUCUCUCAGCACUGGAUGCUCAUGUUGCACAACAUGUAUUUGAAAAAGGAAUAAAGAACCAUGUUGCCAAGAAUUCUCAAACAUUUGUGUUGGUAACACAUAAUCUCGAGCUGCUGACCCAUGCGUUCAAAGUGGUGGUGAUGGAAAACGGGAAGAUUCGCUGCCAGGGCAGCAUGGCAGAGAUAGAGUCCAAAGACCCAACCAUAUCUACUGUGCUACGCAAAACUAUCAGGCGUCCUUGCAUUACCGCAGAUGAUACCGCGCAGGAAAGGCAUCGUCUUGUCCGCAUGCUAACCAAGCAGUCGUUGUACCAGUCUGGAUCUGUCCAGGAUAUAUCUGCAAUGAGCAGCCUGGGAAGGCAACUAUCACAUGACCCUUCAUGUCCUCUACCCGUAAAUGACUGCGCAAAUGAAGAUGCGAUGCUGAGCCAGUUGACCCAGUCUGCCAUGCCAGGAACAGAACAUGUCUCUCACAGCAACCCCAGCACACCGAAGCACGUGCUGCGACAGCUGUCCUGGAAACGGGCCCCUCCCAUGCGCCUCAGUUCACAUGUUUCGCAGCAUGCUGAUCAACAGCUCAUCGAAGAAGGGGAUGAAGACCAGGAACACGACGAUAGCUUUCAUCCUCCCGAUGCACUCUUGGCGAGCAUGUCCUCGCAGUACAGCAUGCUGGGGAGCACGCAUCUAAUGCCAAUUGAUGUCGAGGAAGGCAGACUGAUCGCUGAAGAGGAGAGGCAAAUGGGAAAGAUACCGCUGAAGGUCUACUGCUCUUACAUGAAAGCCUGUCGUAGAACUCUGGCUAUCAUAGUGGUUUUACUGUUUGCGGCAAACCAGGGCGCCAAAACGGGAACUGACUUUUGGCUCACUGGCUGGUCGGAAACUUCCAAAACCUACAACUCUUCAGUGACCAUUGAGAAGGAUGAUACAACCUGGAAGUAUCUGAUGGGCUAUGCAGGGUUGUCAGCGAUCUCUAUUUUGCUCUCCCUUGUUACUAACCUGUCAGCGCAGCUUGUGUCCUUGAGGUCCAUUCGAGUCCUCCAUAACAGUAUGCUCGACAAUAUUGUCCAGUGCCCCAUGAGGUUCUUUGAUACCAAUCCCGUAGGCAGAAUUGUGAAUAGGUUUGCAGGUGACAUGGGAAUCAUUGACAAAAAACUACCAGCAACGCUACCUGUGCUUAUGAGAUUCCUGAUGUUGUGCAUUUCUGCUGUGUUGGUUGACAUCUAUAUCACACCUCUGUUCUUGGUGCUCAUUAUUCCAGUCCUUGCUGUGUAUUACGGUGUGCAGUUUUUCUUCCGCUGCUCCUCAAGGGAACUACAGAGGCUGGACAACAUGACAAAAGGUCCAAUUUUUUCUCAUUUCUCUGCAACUCUGUCCGGACUAACUACCAUCCGUGCAUUCAGGGAAGAAGCACAAUUUAUAGAAAAGAUGAACGAUCACAUCGACACCAACAAUCUCACUUUUAUAUUAGUGAACUGUGCAAACUGCUGGCUCGGAAUAUGCCUGGAUUACCUAGGUGGAGUUAUACUUUUCUUGGCCAUCUUGUCUGCUGUUGUGGCCGCCACCGCAGGGAGCAUCAGCCCUUCACUUGUUGGCAUUGCCAUGGCGUACACUUUAUUGGUCCCCAUAUACUUGAACUGGCUUGUGAGGCAAUUUUCAAAUGUGGAAAUGUACAUGAGUUCAGUUGAGAGAGUGCAAGAAUACAGCAACCUUCCCAUAGAAACUGUGGAAUACCCAAUUCAUGUUGACAGCGACUGGCCAGCAAAUGGAGAAGUGUUGUUCGACAAGGUGUCUAUCAGAUACGAUGAAGUCCAAGAGCCUGUACUUAAAGAAGUUACGCUGUUUAUCAAAGAUGGAGAGAAGGUUGGCAUCUGUGGCAGGACCGGCAGCGGAAAGUCAUCUCUGGUGAUGGGAUUGUUUAAGAUGGUUCCAAUCUCUGAAGGGAGAAUACUCGUCGAUGGUAUUGACAUUGCCAGAGUGCCACACGAAACCCUGCGCUCCCACUUGUCUAUCAUUCCUCAAGAACCCGUUAUGUUCUCCGGAACUAUAAGAGAAAACCUUGACCCCAAGCGAAUAUUUAAAAAUGAAGAACUCUGGGUUGCCUUGGAAGAAGCACAGUUGAAGGAAGUAGUCAUAGCUGCUGGAGGUCUCGACGGUGCAGUGACAGACGAGGGGUCCAACUUCAGCAAUGGACAGCGACAACUCUUCUGCCUCGCAAGAUCUCUACUGCGCCCAUCCAAAUUGCUGGUACUUGACGAAGCGACAUCAUCCUUGGAUGCUCAAUUGGACAAGCUGCUUCAAAAGAUGAUACUCAAAACAUGGAAGGAAUCAACCAUACUUGCCAUUGCUCACAGAGUCACAAGCCUUCUGAAGUUUGAUCGUGUUCUGGUCCUCGAUGCAGGACGUAUUGUAGAGGAUGGCAGUCCUUCAGAGCUCAGAAAGCGUGAUGGAAGCCUUUUCUCAAAUCUACUUAAACAAUGCGAGCACCAAUUUGCUGCUUAACGCGUCUACCUACUCAUAUGUUAUAUAGUUAUGCUCAGAUGUUUGGUCGUCAUCAUAUAUAUGCUCCAUCUACAUAUUGUUCAGAUCUCACUAUUUAUUCACAGGCUUUGUAUUGCCCGUACUAUAUUUUUUAAUAAACUUGUUUUAUUAGUC